UUCUUUCAUAGGUCCCAUCCCCCCCAAACAAUGAUCUAUUCCUGCCAGAAUAUGAGAAGUAUAUGGUGAGUAUAAUUUAUUGAGAAAACAUUACACUUUUAAGUAUUACUAAGUACAUUGUAUUUAUAAGUGCAUUAUACUUUUAAUUCCUUAUUGGUAUUAUAUUUUUUGUAAUUUUUGUUAGCUUGAUGAAGAUUCAAAGUUUGCACUAGCACAUUUAAAGAUGAAAGGAAUCCUCGGGUUUGCUUUAAACAAAUGUAUGGAAUUUCCUUAUUGCGAAUCAAUGGAUUGGACGAUAAUAUCUGAUGAAACACGGAAGUUCCUAAAAGGGCAUGUCAAGCUCAGUGAUACUACUUAUGAUAUGAAUGAGCUAUGCCACAUGCUUGCUUGUGCACACUGGUGUUUCAAGAGAUACUUAAAGUUGAUUUCUAUGAUCUUGAGCAACGGGUCAAGAAAUUUAGAAUUUGAUGAAUAUAGGGGUGGGACUUCUACGCCUGAGAGUACCCCAAGCGCUGAAGUUGAUCAAUUGUGCGAGAUCAUCAACUCUAGAUUUAAAGAAGUGAUUGACAUAUUUUAGUCUUUACAGACAUUGUUCGCACCCUCUUGGGAAUCAUAUCAAGAAACAAAGGAUCAAUUGUGCGAGACCAUCAACUCUAGAUUUAAAGAAGUCAUUAACAUAUUUCAGACUUUACAGACAUUGUUCGCACCCUCUUGGAAAUCAUAUCAAGAAACAAAGGUCCCGUAGAAGAGGAAGAGUCUGUCAUUCAUGUAUCGAAGAGAUGAAGAGGCACUAUGCAAGAGCUUUAGUCUCUGUUUUCGAAUCGUUUGUCUGGAAGAUGGAUAGACCAACAGCCAAGAAGCACAAAGUAAUUCUUUAUAUUAGUUGUCUUCUACACUUCCAUGGUUCCAGUUCCAUUUUUACUUUCUCUACUUUUCUCUGGGGAAUAUUGAGCACCACUCAUUUCUUCCCAUCACAGCUCUAUGGAUUCAAUGGAGUAUCAAUCACAAGGUAAGGAGGGAACUCAACAAGGCGGAAAAGAAAAGAAUGAAGUUUAUUUUGGAGCAGACGAGUACUCCAUAAUGUAUGUGAAUUGAACUAAAGGGAUUUGCUACAGUCUGUUAUGGCCAAUAGAAAUAUCAUAAGAACUUUUGAGGUGGUAGCAAAAACAAAUUGUUACUUUUAAAUAAUUAGAGAUGAUGUGUUGUCUUGUCUUAUGUACAUUACAAGAUUGACUUUUUAUAUCAAUUUCCUUGACCGGGAGCAGAUGCCCUAAAUACAACCGUAGUGGCCGAUGCGGAAAUGAGGGGUUGUAUAGAUCCUUCCUUGUACGUCAAUUAUAUUGGGUCAUUGGGGAUUUGUGGCGGCCAACUGAUGAUUGAGACAACUUCUUCCAUCAAUUAGACGAUCAUUUUACUCAUCCUCGAAGAAGCUUGAUUUUACGGAUUGUUGAAGUGGUCUUCUCCCUAUCUUGCGUUUAGCAUUUGUAUUUCCAACGGACGGUUUACGUCGUUUCUUGUCCGGUGAAUGAUUUGGAGCGACAGUGAGAGGGCGGUUGUUACCAUACUCUGCCUCUACCUGGUCUGUUUCUUAUGGUUGAUGUUUUUGGAUCUGCUGCUGUGGACCGAAUCUUGAGGUCUAUAAUUGAUACCUUUGAUUAGGGGUGGGCGCGGUCCGGAACGGUCCGGUAAAUUAGUAAAACCCAUAAUGUAUUCGUGAGGUUUUUAACGAUUCGGUACGGUCCGGUUCUAAGAAUAGAACCAUUCGGUACCAUGUCGUUUUGGAACGGAACAAAACGGUUCGGUACAAUGCCAAACACAUACCGAAACAUUUGAACAAAUUUUGCAAUUAGUAGAUAUCAUCACACGGGCCAAUUGACGUGAAAUUUUGAUAAAAAUACAAGAAAGUGCAUACUAAAUACUAAAAAAGAUUCAAGAGGUUGACAUU